AUGUGCGACAGAAUUGAGCAAGAUUGGAAUACUUUGCGCACAGCCAUUGGUGAGUACUACAUGAAUCGUACGUUCCUUGAUAAACAAAAGGUGCACGCAAAUCAUGCAUUGUACCAUGACACAAGCAAUGGACGGGAAACCCCUAGCGAAUACAUUAUUUGCAAACUAGAGCUUUUACAGUUUGUAUACAACUAUACUGACAGAGAAUUAAUUGACGAGAUCAUGGAAGGGGCCCCCUCCUAUUGGAACUCCAUCAUCACUCCACAUUUAUUCCAGGAACUCCAGGAAUUUUGA